AUUACCGCACACACCUGGACCUGGACCGGCAGGGAGAGGAUCUGGGUCUGGAGCUGCAGAGUUACACCAAGUUCACGGCAACACCUGGGCAACAAGUACAGGUAAAAUGUUGCAUGUAGCCAUCCUUUUACUGGCUGGCAUCUUGUCAGUGAGUGUGGCGAGGCCCAGCCUCCCUCCACUGUCCAGCGAUGUGGUCAACUACAUCAAUAAGAUGAAUACCACUUGGAAAGCUGCUCAUAACUUCAAGAGUGCUGACUACAGUUAUGUCCAGAAACUGUGUGGUACAAAGCUAAAUGGACCUAAACUGCCCACCAUGGUUCAGUAUGCAGGAGACAUGAAGCUGCCUGAAGAGUUUGAUGCCAGACAGCAGUGGCCUAACUGUCCUACUCUGAAGGAAAUCAGAGACCAGGGCUCCUGUGGAUCCUGUUGGGCAUUUGGUGCUGCAGAGGCCAUCUCUGACCGUGUUUGCAUCCACAGCAACGCACUUGUCAGUGUCGAGAUCUCGUCUCAGGAUCUGCUGACCUGCUGCAGUGAGUGUGGCUACGGAUGCAAUGGCGGUUACCCUGCAGCAGCUUGGCAAUUCUGGACACAAGAAGGAUUAGUUACUGGAGGUCUUUAUGACUCCCAUGUUGGUUGCCGGCCCUAUACUAUUCCUCCGUGUGAACACCACGUGAAAGGCAGCAGACCUCCCUGCACUGGAGAGGGAGGGGAGACGCCAAAGUGCGUCAAUGUGUGUGAUGCUGGAUACACACCAGGCUACAAGGAGGACAAAUACUAUGGUAAAACAUCUUACAGUGUGUCACCCAAUGAGAAGCAGAUCCAGGCUGAGAUAUACAAGAAUGGGCCAGUAGAGGGAGCCUUUACAGUCUAUGAGGACUUCCCUAUGUACAAGUCUGGAGUGUAUCAGCACGUGUCAGGUUCUCUUCUUGGUGGACAUGCUAUCAAGAUCUUGGGCUGGGGAGUCGAGGGCAGUGUUCCUUACUGGCUCUGCGCCAACUCCUGGAACACUGACUGGGGCGAUAAUGGCUUCUUUAAAAUCCUGCGUGGAUCUGAUCACUGUGGUAUUGAAUCUGAGAUUGUGGCCGGAAUCCCCAAAUAAAACCCAAGGUUUCACUUGAAGUGUCAUUGCUUCAUCACUAGAGGGCAACAGACUGCAUUCACCUGCCAAAAAACAAUUCACUGCUUUUUGUCCUUAAAGUGCACACAGCAUGACAUUAUAAACUCGAGCUGCCUACAUUAAUUUGAAGAUGGAACUAGAUGCAAUGAGGCUUGCACAAAUCACCAAUUGACGGAUGGGUCUUCAAGACCAACCUGUUAACAGGUUUUGUCGCCUUGUAAAAAUUUGAAUGGGAAGAGUUUGAAUCUCGCAUGCAUUUAAUUUUAAGACAGUCGCUUUAAAGUAGAUAUGUCAGUGUUUUUGUUUUUGUUUUUUUUUAGCAAUGAAACUUUGUGCCAUUUUAGAAGUUAAACACGAUAAGAUUGACAUUUUGCGUUAGCACCUUGCAACUGAUUUUAAAACUACCCAAAUAAGCGGAGGUGUAUCUAAAUGUGUACUGUUUUUUAGUGAUUACAGCGUUUUACUCAAGUAUUGUCUGUAAGUGGUAUCUGUUAUUGGUUUUAAACUUUAGUAUGACAGAUCAAGUGAGGUUUUUUUGCACUGCCUGUACAAAUUGUAAUGUUCUGAAUUUCAUAAAUAAAUCAUUGGAUCUAUGGUUUGUGUGUGUAACU